CACCCGUCACUACGUCAGGUGCUGUCCGUGCCACCAUUCCUUGCCUGCUUGGCGUGCUACGAGUCACAUGUAAACAACCUGACUGACAGUCUCAAACGAAUCGAUAGACAGUGGAUAUUUGAUGAACAGUGUUAUAAGUGCCGUUUGUAACUGGGUUAAGUGAUUCUUACAUUCGUGUCAGGACUUUUAUACUCCACGGACAUUACAUCUCUUUGGGUUUAUGUUCGACUUUGGAUAAUACCUAUGACUUGAGGUUUUCCAAGAAGGACCAAUGCGCCGCAAAAGAGAGACGGUCCCUCGCUUGUUUGAACACUCAUCAUGCAGCGACGGGUAGACUUAGUGACUUGGGGCCUCCUGCCCCUCGCUCUCUUCGUCAUGGUGCAAGCUCAAGGGCCCGACAAUCGGUGUUUUCUAGAGACCGGAGGCUCGGCGGAGAGUUUCUUCGUCAGCGAGGAUCUACCGGUAGGCUCGGUUGUCGGGACCUUGAGAAUACUAGGAGACCCCAGUGAGAGGGGCAACAUAGACCUGAGGCUGAAGGAGCUAGACAGUCCCGUGCGAAUAGCUCCUGGCUCCAAGAAUCUCACACUCACCAGGAAACUUGACAAGGAGGGAAUUGAUGGGCCCUCCUCUGUAUAUGUCAACAUCAUCUGUGAUAGAAGAAGAACGACAGUACCGGGUUUCGAGAUACCAGUCAGUAUACGAGUGACUGAUGUCAACGACAAUGCUCCUAGGUUUAUCAAUGCCCCGUACAUUCUCAACAUUUCUGAGGUGACGGUGGUGGGCACUAGAGUGCUGCAGGCUGUAAAGACUGUGGAUGCUGACCAGCAAGGGCCAUUCUCCACAGUACAGUACUCUGUGCUGCCUGGACCGAACUCUGAUUAUUUUGUGUUCAUCAAUGAGCUGGAAGGAACGAUAGUUCUGCGCAAGCCUCUCGACUAUGAGGCUCUCUCCAACUUCACAAUAGGAAUCAGAGCACAGGAUCAGGGAAAUCCCCCUCAGUACUCAGAUACUCAAGUUCAUGUAAAUGUCAUUGAUGCAGACGAUCAAAAUCCCAAAUUUGUGGAUGAACGAUAUUCCGCUAUUGUUCCCGACCAAGCAACCCAGGGUACAAGGCUGAGGAUUCAUCCAAGAGAAAUACUUGCCUAUGAUCAAGACACAGCCAUCAAUGCUGCUAUUUAUUACUCCUUCAAUGCAGAAAACUCUGACACCAGGUUCUUUGAAAUUGACCGCUCUGCAGGCUACGUCAUUGUAAAGCGAACAAUUCCUGAAGAUGAAUUGCUUCAGCCUGCAACUCUUGUAGUAAAGGCCACCCAGUAUGACAAUACUGACAGGUACGCUCUGUCCACUUUGACCAUCAGUCGACCUGGCACGUCACUCAAAGAACUGCAGUUUUUGCAAAGCCACUAUUUUGCUGGUGUUCUGGAGUCCGUUCCUCUUAAUAGUGUUCUCCUCACUGUAAUCACCAACCGACAUAGAGACAAGAAUCUGAGGUUUUGGCUGGACAACUAUGAGAACAUUUUUAGGGUAACUCCAUCUGGUGAUAUAAUUCUUCAGAAACCCUUAGACUUUGAAACCCAAGACUCCUAUGUCUUUCAAGUGCACUGCACUGAUGGCUACAUGAAUGCAACAGCACAAAUCAACGUGUCUGUGCUUAAUGUGAAUGACUGGGACCCUCGGUUCCGCUAUCUCCAGUACGAGUUCUUUGUACCGGACAUGCCCGAAGGACAGUUGGACAGUGUGGAAGGGGAAGGCCUGGUGGUGGGGAGAGUCGAAGUAGCAGAUGGAGACCGAGGGGACCAUGUGUCCCUUACCCUGCGGGGACCUUCUGCAAGGAUGUUCUCUGUGGAUGACUCUGGAGAGAUAAGACUGCGUGACCUGUCACUUCUUAAUAGUAGCACAGCUCACUUGGUGGCAGUUGCAACGGAUAAUGGACUUCCUCCUCGCCAGACAUCAGUGCCUGUGAUUGUGCAUCUGCCUGAAGCUGUUGUCAUGAGAGCUGGACUGUCUUGGCCAGGGUCGAGCCACACUCUUGUACUCAUCUUCGCUUCUAUUCUUGGUGUUCUAGGGCUCAUCAUCGUCAUUCUCAUUUUGUACAUACACAAAAAUAAACAGCCAAAAAACAGCAAGGAUGGUAAAACAGUCAGCCCAAUUGAGCCAGAAAAGCUGCCACCCAAUGCCAACAACCAGACAACAGAAAAUGGUAACUUACUGAAUGGGAAUAAGGUGGAAAAUCCAGUUUUUAAUCCAACGCCAAACAUCAUCGAAACCACACUUCCACCAAUCUCAUCACAGUACACAGCCACAGUCAAAAGUAUUAUGUCAAGAAAUACCAACACAAGAUUAAGCCAUGCCGGACCAAAGCGUGUCUCCAACCACCAGGUGGCUGCUCAUAGUGCCAACAAGCAGAAGGUAGCCCCUGCUCCCCCCACUGUUCCCCCCCAAACCUCAUCACGGUCCCCAAGUCCGCACAGCAACCACAAGAUAACGUGGCCUGCAGGCUCCAUCCCCCGCCGUGUCAAGAAACUCAGCUGGGAUGACGAGAGUGACUCGGGCCACAGAAACAAUAAGACGGAGCUAGAUCCAGAUGUGAGUGUGACACCACUGGCUGCUGAAGUCAGAAACGACCAGCUCAAUCUGACUGUCUACUUCUAGUUCCGAUCUCACCUCAUCAACGAAGGUCAAUUGUACAGAUGUAUUUGGAUAUAAAUAGUUAUAAUAAAUAAACAUUAUUUUCUAAGUA